GGCAAUUGUCCUUGUGGCCUGAUUUAGAGGUGGUCCGCGCCACAGACGGCAAAUAUGGCAGAAGCGAAUGAGCGAGACGCGCUCGGACCGCACCUACGGCGCCAAGCACUUCUGCUUGCCACUUCCUCAGCGAUCAUCAAGCUUGCUCAUAUGCGCGCCGCACCGCAUUGCUUCCCCUUUUGCAUCCAGCGCAAGACGGAAGAGGGGGCCCUCUCUCAUUAUAGAAGAGAAGGAACGUAGCAAGUUAUAGGAGCAAGCAGUUGCUCCGCGCUGCUCUGUGUCAGGCUCAUGCGCCGCGUUUCUGGUCGCGCUUCCGUUGGAGUUGCGUUGCCGCUUGCCAAUGGACCGCCCGCCACGCCUACUCACGGCCCUGUGUCGGAGUCAAGUCGGGGCCGCAAAUCAAUUGGGGACUGUCCCUGGUUUUGAGCCCAUCACUUGCCUCUCCUUUGUUGUUGUUAUUGUUCAAGAGCCUCACGUUCCCCUCUCCGCUCUCUCUCUCGUUCCUCCAAAAUUUCCCCCUUCUCCAACGCCGACGGUCAACCCUCAACCCUUUCCCCACUUUUACAUCGAUCCCUCCCACGCCCAUUGUCACGCCAAGCAAACAACGCAAGGUGUCUCUCUACGCCCAAUCUCCACUGUCUCUGGCGUUGGCGCGCCUUUUUCUUCCUCGAAACGACCACCUGGACGAGAGGGCGUACAGCACUCUGGCACGCGUCCAUCGAGGGGUCCAUCCAUCGGGUCACUACACCAACGAUUCCCAUUCUCUCUCUUUAGCCACAUGUCCUCGUCCUCUCCUCUCGAGCCACCCUUGGCCGAUUGAGUCGGCCUACACUCCUUCGAUACUGUCCUCUUUCUCGACAAUAUGCGUGCGCACAACUUUCUCGCAAUUGUGGUGCUAGGUACCACGACGGUCCUCUGUGUUCCCCGUCCUCUCCUCUC